AUGACAUACUACUGCACAGACUGCGAUAAACUCUUCUACACCGGUAGAAAGGCUCGCGACCAGCAUUGUCAAGUGACAGGGCACGCCUCACCAGUAUUCGAGUGCGAUAGCUGUAGUGACUGCUUCGAGGACGAGUAUGAUCGUCAUCAGCAUAUGAAUCUUGAACAACACUGGCAUCGAAAUGCACCUGAGUGUCAAUUAUGCGGCGAUAUAGCUGUAACGCAGGCUGAGAUCAGGGAGCAUGAGAUUGAACAGCAUUUUCAUUGCGCGGACUGCAAUCGUCAGUUUAUGAACGCCAAUUGCCUCCGGAUGCAUUUAAACUCCAAGCUUCACCGCGUAUCAGCAGUGAAAUGUCCCUUCUGCGGAGCCACCUGCAACACAGCAACAGGUCUAUCCCAUCAUCUAGAACAAGGUUCAUGUCCUCGCGUUCCCAUGGACCGCAACAAACUCUACCGCUACAUCAAGAACCGCGACCAUCGCAGCCUCACCACAAACAAAGAGCUAGCAUGGUACGGUGAGAAGACGUACACCAUCAACCCAGCUGCCGCGUGGAACCCCUGGUCCAAAGCGUUCGAGUGUUAUCUAUGCCACAAGCUGCAUAUGACCCUGACUGGCUUGAAGAAGCAUCUUGAGUCGCCGAGGCAUCAGCAGAGUUUGUAUCAUUGUGUGAAGCGGUCUUGUGGGAAGGAGUUCAAGACGUUGGCGGCGCUGAUAAAUCACCUUGAGAGAUUCUCCUGCAGCUACUACCACGGAUCUCGCUAUGCGGACUAUCAUCAGCAGUUCUCGGGCUCGCACAUCCCUACCCAGCUGUCGAACCCCAUGAGACAGCGUGGUCAGCACUACUACAGCGUGCCAGGAGUCACCUGUCCCUUCUGCUCGGCGCGCUACAGUUCUGCCAGUGGCGUCGUCCACCAUCUGGAGCAAGGUGCUUGCCCUAAUGUACCUCUGAACCGUGGCACUCUGCGCCAGGAAGCCAGAGGCAGGGAUCCCAAUGCCGCUAUCUACAACAGAGUCCUCGUGUGGCGGCAAACAGUAUAUUAUCAAGCAACAGCUGACGUCUACAACACUCACUACGGACAAUACGAGUGCUACUUCUGCGGCGCUCUAUUCAGACAGCUAUCGAGCCUGAACCAGCACCUGGCCUCUCCUCGCCACCAGCAGGAACUCUAUUACUGGCCCAUCGGAACUCUUUCGUGGUCCAACCAUCAGUAUUUUGGAACGGGGUAUUAUCAAUGA